AUGUCUCUUGCAACUCUUGAUGCUUACCAGCACCCCUAUCUACCUGCCGCCUCCGAUACCCUCUUUCAGGCCAAGUCCACCAAGAAGCUUAGUUUCGAGCAGAUUGCCCAGCAUAUCGGCCGCAACGAAGUCGCGACCGCCGCCAUUUUCUAUGGUCAGGCCAAGGCCUCACCAGAGGAUACCGAGAAGCUGGCCGAACUCCUCGGCAUUGACCUAGGGUUACUCACGCAGCAGCUCGAUGGCUUCCCUGACCGAGGGAGAUCGGUAGAAAUGCCGCCCAAGGAACCACUGAUCUAUCGACUCUAUGAGAUUGUUCAGAACUAUGGAUAUGCAUACAAGGCAGUGCUGAAUGAGAAAUUCGGGGAUGGCAUUAUGAGUGCCAUCUCGUUCUCGACAAAAGUGGAAAAGGAGACAGACGAGGAUGGGAAUCACUGGGCGGUGAUUACACUACGAGGCAAAUGUGGAUACAGAAUCGGUAUCCUCGCAGAAUAG